AUGGCUCUGCCGCUCCCACCGGGCCUUGUGCCUGCAGAAGUCGCCUUCCUGUGCGAAAUGGAAUUGGUCACCAUCGUUCCGCGCCAGCGGCUGGAAAGCAUCAACCUCUUAAGCGGUGCGACGCCAGCUCUGAAACCCCCAACACGAACCAACCUGCCUCUCUGGCUCGCUCUCCUCCUCAAGAAACAACGCCGAGCCAACAUCGUGCCUCCGCAAUGGCUCCACCCCAACUCCCUCGCCGAGAUCGUCCACCACGAGACAAAACGCGACCCCGACGCCUUUUCCCCGCCGCCGCCCCCCCCGAUACGCGCUGACGCCAUGGGCAACGCGCGCCGUCUGGGCUCUAGCCCCGACGAGACCCUGUCGCCGCCCUUCCUGCCGUCCUGCACGGCCGACGCCCCCCCGAACGCGCUGCCCUUUCACUGGUUCGAGCUGGCCGAGGUGCUGUUGGCCCACGCCUCCGACGACAUACCCUCGCCUUCCGAGGUCCGCUCCCUCCUGCGCGACCUCCACGAGGUGCGCGCCGCCAAGAUGCGCAAGAGCACCCAGGAUCUGUCCGAGGGCGUCGGCGGCGUCAUGAGCCUCCGCGGCGUCGGCGCCAUGGAGCUGGCCGAGAGCCGUGGCUUCUUCCUCGGCGUCAUCGAGGGCGUGCGGAAGAUCGGCGCGAGCGCCGAGGCCAGCAGGCGCGAGGAGGAAGAGGAGCGCGGCGACGGCGACGGCGAUUACGACGAAGACGAAGACAUGCUAUGA